AUGAUCAAGCUCUUAUUGUUGCUCAGUGUUAUAAUCUAUCAAGCCACACCAACCCAAUUCAUCGUGAAAGGUACAAUCCGAUGCAAUAUUCGCAAAAAGUUCAACGUCACUUUGGUGCUUGAAGAAUUUGAUGAGUUCACAUGGGAUGACACGAUAAAAAGAAAGGAAUUGAUCAAUAAAGCAUCGGGCGUAACUCAUAAUUAUACUAUUCAGGGAACUUAUAGCGAAGGUGAUGGAUACUUUGUGAGUUUUACUGUUAGAUGUGGUGAUUUCACACAAAUUGAUAACAUUUAGGACUUCACUUAUGAACCGAUCAUUAACUUUUAUCAUAAUUGUUUGACAAAUAGAAGUGACUUGGGAUAUAUCGGAAAACAGUUUGACGGUGUUCCGACAUCCACGCCAAUUGCUUCUUUCACCUAUAAUGUUGUUUUGGAUGAUAAGAUUUUCCAACCUUGA